CCGUAAACCCGGUAGAGGACUCUGAAUGGUCGAUUGCUGUUCGGGACGCCCAUUCAGGAAGCUGACCUAGGUUCCAUACAGGCCUGACGCAGUCUUGGAGAGCAUCAACAUGCAAUUCGUUACCACAUGGCGUCACUCUCAUUUCCUGUAGCAUCGAGCGUUUCGAGCGUCUCACAAAGUUCGAUUGCGUGUCUGCUUAGCUCUUGCUCGAGGUUGCUUUGGUCGUCAUGUGGUUUACUGUGAGAUGUAUAUGAAGUUGCGUCUGGUUAUGAACUGCAGCAUUGACUGAAAGGCAUAGAAAGUUCGAGUAUGAAUGAAUGUCUAUGGUGUGUCUGUGCUUUCACACUAUUUGCCCACUGUGCAACGCAUUCGAGCAUCGAUAUCUUAAACCCUCCUAUUCCGGAGUCACGACAGGGACUAGCCAUUGCUAACGAUCUUGUACGUUGUUGAGAUUGACAAGGCUAGCUUGAUUGACCCUGAAAGGAGAGCACAACUCAAAGAGCACGUUGUCAAUGUUUGUGGUUAUUUUGCGUGCUUGAGGUGGAGAAAGAUGUGAAGUGAAGUGAAGCAGCUAAAGUGGAGAGAAAUGGAGAUGGGAGACGGCAGCAGGGAUGUGGGGAAGGGGGGCAUUGAAACAGCUAUGCCUUUACAAGCUUAGAACAAUAGCACUAAACUCAUUGCGUUGCUCUUGCGGGCGCACAGCUGUUGUGUUUCUGCCUGAGGCCUUUAUUCUCCUUGGCCAGUCCGUUCCAUUCCUGUGGGCCGCUGUGUUAGAGUCCAUUUUGAAGCAUUGGGAAGCAUACAGCCGCUAAACAGAUUGCACUACGCUGCAGUAGCAGCAGCUUACAGCAGAAGGAUAGAGCAUCAAGCAGCAUAAUACAAUAUGAGCAAGAGACCAACAGGGAGUGCAUCAGUACUCGCUUGUAACCCCCUCCCCAGACUCGACCUUGACCACGAAUAUCACCCAUUGACCAUUCAUGAGCGGGGUGGUCACUGGGCCAAACAGAAUGCCAACAAUAAAAUCCCAUGAAGAAGAGAAUUUACGAUGCUCGACUUGGAAGCAGGCCACUGUCGAACAGGCCUCGCACCACGGAGAGCGGAGGGCACGGGGGUCGAACACCCUUUGCGCAGCACAACCUUUCGUCUUGCGGGGAGAGGGGACACUUGGGGCACUCCGAAAGCUCCAGCAAGCGGGCAGAACCGUGCAGAAUUGCACGGUAGGUAACGGAAAACAGAGGCGAGCAACAGCCCACUGCCCACCUCCGGUGUCGCUAUGGUGUUCAUGGGCUCAGUCCCCAGCGAAAAAUCUCGGCUGAUGCCUUCGCGGUGCCAUCCGGGACCCCCAAGGCCCCCGUUGAGAACCCAUCUGAGUCACCUCAUCGAAGCUCAAUAUGGGUGAUUAGUCUCGUGGGCAUGAACUGAGUAUAAUUGAAUCAUCGAAAAUUUUUCGUCUAUCCAUCGCAAUCUCGUAGCCUUUCUUGGCCAAGUCGGGAAGGGCAGGGAAGAGCAAAGCAGACAUAGUCAAGUCAGCCAGCCAAUGUCUCCAGUAGAAGAAUCACACGCCUGUGUCUGGUGUCUGAAUGUCUUGGGUCCUUUGGUCUUGGAGGCUUGUCUUGUCCUCCUCUGCCCUGCUACAGUCUACAGCCCACAGCAGCAGGCCUGGAGAGCAGUGAGAGCUCACUGAAGGACAGGGCACCUCUUUGAUCUCUGCAUUGGAUCUCCACUCCUCUGGCUAUUGCUGGCACUCCCUCUCCAACACUCCCUGAGGGUGAGACACCCAGGUGUGUCUACCACACACCCAGUUGAAACGAGAGCAACCCACACCCGGCGGGCGUCCCAUCAGAGUCCAAGGUGGACCAAUUUUUCUUGGCAUUGAGAGCGGCAAGGCCCCCACCUGUCUGCAAAGCUCCACCAAGACAAGUACGUAUCGAUGGAGCAGUGGUGUGCCUUGGUACCCUCCUCCACAAAUUCCUAGGCAAUGUACCUCUAGCGCCAUCCUGGUCGUGCAACUGAUCAUCGACCAAGGCUGUGCCUGGGCCACUGACCAAGAAUAUACAUAACCCUUCC